GUCGCGCUGCGCGCACGUCUCGAUACGGAUAGAUUGGGUAUGGUGGGAUGGAGGUCAACAAUCCCCGCGCUAGCGACAGACGCUCAGGCACCGCAGUUCACGACACUGUGCAGGGGGCAACUCUUGACAACCACAGCGCAGUGGCACUUCACAAAGUUUGCCAAUAUGAAUUUUCCUGAAACGGACAUUGUGCAAAUACCUCUGGAAUAUGUACACGACAUCCGCGAUACAGCAUCAUCUGAUCAAACCCGCCUCGUCACACCUAAGAUUCGGUCACCCUGCUGUGGAAUACAGCGUAUUACUCACACGAAUCAAUAG